GGUUAAAGGAACAAUAAACGAUACUUCGGCAACCAAUAGUGUGGCUAUAGUUUAGUGGUGAGAAUUUCGAAUCCCAGCCAGCCACACUCAUUUUCUCCCUUCUUAUUUUCAAACUCACGAUAUUCCCAAAACGACAUCGUAUAACAACCAACCCCCUAAGUAGGUUAAAUAGCUCCAAAAAAUCCGAUCUAGUCAUUCUCUCGAACAUCGUAGCUCGCUCUUUUGGGUACUUCGAAUUCUAUACCUACCAAUUUUCCGUUUGGUAUCACUAUGAUUGACGACCAGGACCUUGGCUUCUUCGCCAACUUUCUUGGAAUCUUUAUAUUUGUGCUGGUCGUCGCUUACCAUUACGUGAUGGCAGAUCCAAAAUAUGAAGGAAAUUGAGAGUUGCUUAUUUUGAAUUAGCUUCAGCAACAAUAGUUAUGUUAGUUGCUUAUUUCGAAUUAGCUUCGGCAACAAUAGUUAUGGUCCUUUACCUUUGGCAGCUCUAUAUGAUAGAUAUUGAGUUUUGAUAUGACGAAACAUUUAUUACUGAGCAUUGAGUUUUAUCUGACUGCUUCUGGCUCAUAGAAACUUGGUUAAAACUAUUAUCAGUGCAUUGCUACAAAUGGAGUAAAGGAUUGAUCUCUCA